AUGCCUCCAAGUCCUAGUCCCAGUAUUUUCGAGGCAAAACGGACGAUGGAGACAAAGGUCGCCAUUAUUGAAGACGAUCCGCACCGCUUCAAACUAAGUCCCCUUAGAACAGUUCCUUCUGGUCAACGUGACAAUGUUUCCAGUCCCUCGAUGAAUUUUGACCGUCCCUUCGUUGGCUGUCGCCUUCAACCACCCUCCCUGUAUCAACUCGCUCCCUCACGAAGCGCAUCUAUCUAUUCCUUCCCGAGUGUAAACAGCGUCAAUUCCGAGAAUGGAAGCAUUCAGACCCAACCUAUCUCUCCUCUCAGCGUAACAUCCUUCUCGCUCAACAAACCGAACCCUUCAAAUGAUAGUAGUGGAGCUGGGCUUGGGCUGCACAACCUUGGAUCGAGUCGCUCUGUCUCCGCUGGCUCCCUCGCUGCAGCCGCCAACAUAACCGCUUGUGAAGACACUGGCAGUCGGUCGUUCUCCUCUUCUAGCAGUCUCUCUUCGCAGCGCUCCUGGGUCAGCGUCUCUCCUGGGUUUGACUUGACUUUUGGUGCAAGCGACGACUCUUCCGGGCCCUGUCUACAUACGCCCGAUCCUGCCCCUCUGCCGCCCUCCCAGUCCUCGGAAAGCUUUAGAAAAGCAAAGAGCAUGCACGUUCUUGCAAGCUUGUCCUGUCUGGAGAGUCCUCUGAAGCUCGACUCUAAGCAUGCAUCUUCUCUUCCUCGAUCGACGUCUCUACGGCACUUGAAGGCCAAGACCGUCACUCCAUUCUCAGAUGAGAAGGGGGAGUCACACAGGCAUAAGCGACAUGCUAUCUACGGACCAGGCGACCGUCGCAUGCGACUCUCACUGUCGUGCAAGGACUGGAGCCCUUCUGCCCCGCCACAAACCCCCAUACUUGCAGAACUCGGCAGCGACUCUAGCUCUACAUCUCUCGAACCUAGUCCUUCUGUCCUUGCCGUUGAGCGCAAAGAAGCUUCGCGUCGCGUUUCCCUGAAGAACGCUCUUCAUGUUCCUGUGUCUGCUCAGCGAUCUUUUAGGCGUAUCCUGGACCCUAUCAACCCAAACACAUCCUCUUCAGCUUUCCUCUGUGUUCCCCCGAUCUCCACUACUGAGAAUCCAACUCUUCGUCCUCAGGCUCCAACAGAUGCACCCGUUGUGCCUUUGAAGUUCAAGCGCACUCUAAAUGCACAAACGACCGCGAACCCUUCACGCUAUGAUGUCGUUCAUCACCACCCUAUCAUCAGAGAACUCCUUCAAGACAUCGACACUGCUAUCAUCGAAUGGGGUGCCGUGGGCUCUCUCACCAACAGAUUUUAA